AUGACGGUGUCAGCGUUAUCAGCGUCUUUUGUGGCGGCUGAGGAGGACGAGCGCAGGAGAAGAAAGACCGGCGCUACCGAAGCUGCAUUCGACAUGCCAGACGACGUGUUUCAGCAGCACUUUCACAUGAUCAAACCAACAGUGUGUUUCCUGUGCGAAGAGUUGGCCGAAGAACUCGGAAGCGUGCGAACGCUGUCAGUAGAACAACAAGUGUUGUGCGCUCUGCGAUUUUUCGCGACGGGGAGUUUCUCGACGGUGGAAAACGACGGAACGUUUGGCGUCGCCCAGGCCGCUGUCAGCGAGUGCGUGCUGCGUGUGGCGAAAGCAAUCGUCCACGUCGGGACCCGCGACAAGUGGGUCGAGUUCCCGCGGACGCCGCAGGACAAGGCGGUCGUGAAGGAUGUGUUCCGUAUGCACGGCGGCAUUCCAGGUGUUAUCGGGUGUGUGGACUCCACUCUUGUCGCCAUCAAAGAACCGGAAUGCGAUGACGAGGCAUGGUUCAUGGCUUAUGACGUGGGAUACUAUGCCCUCAACGUCAUGCUUAUCUGUAACGCAGAGGCAAGGAUUCUAGCCAUCGACCCAUCCCGACCAGGAUCGGACCCUGAUUCUCAUGUUUGGAUCGCCAACUGGUUGCGUCGUCGGUUCCUGGACGGUCUCAUUAUCAAGCCCGGCGAGUUUCUUCUUG